CGGGUCCUUACAAAAAUGCCUGAAUGCAGGAAACGGAGCUCGUUGCUAAGCUCCAUUUCGGGACUUGACGUUGUAAACGCCCUCGAAGACGUAUCUGCAUUGACGUUUGAAAAAGUAGAAGUAGACCGUGAAGAAGGUCGCGGGUUUAGACCUUGGCUGCGUCUUUAUGAAACGAAUUUGCAUUCGGUGGCGGACAUCAGUCGCGAUUUUUCUCCCGUACGCAUGAGUAUCCCGCACUUACCCUGCAACAUUCACGUACACUCACGGACACACACGCGCAAUCCAUGCCGUUGCACGUGUCGUCGUGUCAGGUAUCGGCUGGUGUACCUGACGGCCGGUUACCUUACAAUACCGAGUGUCUUAACCCAAUUCUCGCGAUCGACGCGAGGGGUUGCAAGCGCAUUAUUGGCGAACCGGUGGGACGAUCAGACCAGUAUCGCGGAGACGAUUGGCUCACGCGACCACCCCACCAUGCCCAGAGAUCGGCUGACUCAACUGACCGGCGUAUAUCGUCAUACAGAUACCUCGGGUCACGUGAUGAAAUUUAUGGCGAUUUUUAAAAAUCCCGCGCGGUAUAUAAGGCUCCCGAGUCACCGAAACAACCAUAAGUUCACUUACUUCCGAGAAGUAACGAGCAAUCCUCAACCAAUCAACAUGUUCAAGUUGGCUGUCUUCGCUGCCGUCCUGGCUGUCGCCUUUGCCGCCCCCGGUGGUCUCACCGGCGUUGCCGUCAAUCUCGACCACGGCGGUCCAAUCCUUGCCCCGCGAGUCUUGGCUGCUGCCCCGGUGGUCUCCGCGCACGUGAUUGCCCAGCCCAUUGCUCCCAUUGUCCACAGCCCUCCUGUCGUCACCAAGACCGUUUUGACCGGACACGGUAUCGGACUCGGCGGUCUCGCUCUGCAUGGUUAGACUAGGAACACCAGCGUAAACUCACCACCACCACCACCACCGCCACCACCACCGACGACGCGGCUCUAGAAGAAAAAAUAAUACACGUCCCCUACUUCUUCGUAAAUCGACCUCGUAAUGCGAAGGAAAGAUCAUAAUUUGAAAACGACAAAUUUUGCACGCAGUCGUUUUACCAUCUUCGAUUUCGGCGCUUCAACAUGUAUCGCCGUUCUCCACGUGUGAGAACCAUCAGGCCUAUCAUCGACUGAGGGAGAGCGGCAUCUAAAAAAGAUCCAAACACACUGGCGCUGGAUUGAUCAACCCCCCCC